AUGCCAUGCUUGGAGGCUUGGGCUAGGUGGUGUUACGGCGGCCCGCCAGACCUGCUGUUUGGCAGCCAUGUGCUGACGUCCAACAGGGGAGUCCAGCAGGGCGAUGCUCUUGGACCUCUCCUGUUUUCGUUGGCUGUUCACCCUCUCCUGCAGGAGCUGAAGAGCGAUGCUGGUCUAGACAUCGUGCGCGGUUACCUCGACGAUUUCUGCGUGGCUGGCGAGUUCGACGCGACGCUGCGGGCGUUGCGGCUGAUUCAGGGAAGAGCGGCAAGCCUGGGCCUCGAGCCCGGGGACAAGUGCGAGGUCAUCCCCACGGCCGGGCGCAACACGGAGUGCAACCUGUCCGAGUUCCCCGCCGUUGUCCAGCGGGAAAUCGACGCUUGCUUCCAAUUCAUUGCGCAGAAGGUGGAGAGUGUGCACAAGCUGACCGCGACGCUCGACGAGGUGCCACUAUUGGAUGACGCCCAGGCUCGCAGGUCGACGUUCCAGAUCUGCACAGGCACAGCACUGAACGAGAGUCAGUGGCAGCAGGCGCCCCUCCCCUUGAGCAUGGGAGGGCUGGGAUUUCGGUUCGGAAAUUCUCACGCUGCUGCGGCCUACCUUGCUUCCUGCAUGGCGACGCGACACUACUGCGGUCAGAUCGACGCUGCCUUCUCGUGGGACGGGGGCUGCGAUGGCGGCGCCCUGGCAGCAGCAGCCAACCUCUACAAUGAUGGCUCCCGCCAGGAGCAUCACAUCGCAAACGAGGAUUCGGCUGCCGACGGCUCCUUCCCUGGCCGGCGGGUUCUGUCAAUGAAAGUGGACGAACAUCUCUUGGACCAGCUGAUCGCUGCAAGCCCAGACGUCCACAAGCGCAUGUCCCACUUCGAGUUUGUGGCGGCCUUGCGUUUGUGGCUGUGUUGCCGCGCUUCUAGCGGGGGCGACGGAUGUCCGAAGUGCGACCACGUGAUGGACGCGCAGGGCCUGCAUUCUCUCUGCUGCAUAGCGGGUGGCGACGCGGUCCACUCCUUUGCGCAUGCUGCGGGCUUCUGGGCCGAGAAGGAAGGGAUCGGGCUGCUGCCGGACGACCCCCGCCGGCGGCCAGGCGACAUCCACUUCCCGACUUGGCCGUUCGGCCCGCCCCUGGCCCUCGACUUUGCCGUGGCGUCGCCUCGCAGACAGUCUGCGGUGCAAGGGGCCGCCGCCAGACAGUUUAGCGCGGCCACGUCGUGCGAGGGGGCGAAGCUUGCAGACGGAGAUAAUGGCGUACGCUGCGAGCAACUUGGCAUCCGCCUAGUCCCCGUGGUCGUGGAGUCCUUCGUCGGACGGGGCGAGAUGGCGCAAAACGUGUUCCGGGCCUUGAUUCAUGCUCGCGCAGCGCGCAGUGGCGCGACGGUGAGCAAUGUCACCACUUCCUUCUACUCUGGCCUUAGCAUCACUUUGACGCGUGCGAACGCACGCGCUCUGCUGGCCAGGAUCCCUCAGGAAGCUGGGGUCCAUGCUGACCGCGUCAGCCGCGCUGCGACCUUGCUGCAGGCGGGGCGUCCGGAGGCCGGCGCCCAAAUAGAUUGA